CCUAUUUAAAUUACCUGCUUUUUCUUUUAUAUGUUUAGUGACGAACAAGAAACCAGCUCAAGCAUCUAUUACAAAGGUGAAGCAAUUUGAAGGCUCUACAUCUUUUGUCAGGAGAACACAGUGGAUGCUCGAGCAGCUCCGCCAGGUCAAUGGUAUAGACCCUAAUCGGGAUUCCCCAGAAUUUGAUCUACUAUUUGAAAAUGCUUUUGACCAAUGGGUAGCAAGCACAGCUUCAGAAAAGUGCACAUUCUUUCAGGUUCUACAUCACACUUGUCAGCGAUACCUUACAGACAAGAAGCCAGAAUUUAUCAACUGCCAAUCUAAAAUUAUGGGAGGUAAGUCAAUUGAAGCUGGAGUACUUGGUGCAGUUGGACACGAGAUGAUUUGCACAGGUUAUUCUGUGUUGAAAUGA